GUUCCAGAACCAUGCAUGUUGGGCGACUGGAAGCUGAGGCCACAGCAAUGACCGAGUCCUACGUGCAGAGGCUGUCCGCCAUCCUGCUGGACGCCAUCUCUGACAAGGACCCGCUGGUGCAGGAGCAGGUGUCCGGCGCCCUGUGCGCGCUCGGGGAGUCGCAGCCAGAGGAGGCACUGCGCGCUUGCGAGCAGUACAUGAGGCAGCAGGAGAAGCUGGCGCGUCCGCACCGGACGGCGAUCCUGAGGGCCAUGGAGAAGGUGGUGAGCAGUCACACCGGCGAGCUGGACAAGGCCGCGGCCAGGGCUGCCGUCCUCCUGGCCUCCAGGGAGAUGACCAAGGCGAAGGAAUUGGUUUGUGACUGGCAGCAGGCCGCCAGCAGUGUCCUGGUGGCGGUGGGGAAGCAGCACAUCGGCCUGGUGAUGGAGGAGGUACUGAGCAAAUUCCAGCCUGGGGCCCUGCCGCACCACUUUGUGGUGCAGACACUGGCCGACCUCGCAGUUGCCAAUGUGUUCGGCACGGUGCCCUUCCUGACGUCCAUCCUAAGCACCAUGCUGCCCAUGCUGGGCGCGGCCAAGCACGACACGACGAGGGUGGUGCUCUGCUACGCUCUGCAGCAUUUCAGCGAGAGCAUUCUGGAGUAUCUGGCCAACCUGGACCAAGCCCCGGACCCCACAGUCAGGAAGGACACCUUCGCCGCCGACAUCUCUGGUGCCUACGACGUCCUCUUUCACCACUGGCUGCAGAGCCGUGAAGCCAAGCUCCGGCUUGCUGUAGUGGAGGCCCUGGGGCCCAUGAGCCACCUUCUACCAGGCGAGAAGCUGGAGGAGCAGCUUCCCAGGCUCUUGCCCGGAGUCCUCGCCCUCUACAAAAAGCAUGCUGAGACCUUCCACGUGUCUAAGAGCCUGAGCCAGAUCCUUGAUGCAGCCGUGAGCAUGGGCAGCCGCACACUGGAGGUCCAGCUCGACUCGCUGCUGGCCGCUCUGCACUCUCAGAUCUGUGUGCCUGUGGAGUCAUCAAGCCCCCUGGGGACGAGCAACCAGAAGGCAGUACUGCGCUGCUUCACAGUGCUGGCCUGCUGCUCGCCUGACCAUCUGCUGGCCUUCCUGCUGCCUAAGCUGGACGCCAGUGGUGAGAGAACCCGCGUGGGUACCUUGCAGGCUGUGAGGCACAUCAUCAACUCGGCUGCUGCUCAGAUGGGAGUCAAGAAGGCCUUUAUCCUCUCCUCCAUGAGGCUUCCUCUCCUAGACCCCAACAGCAAGGUGAAGCGGGCUGUGGUGCAGGUGAUCAGUGCCAUGGCCCACCACGGCUACCUGGAGCAGCCUGGAGGCGAGGCAAUGAUCGAGUACAUUGUGCGGCAGUGUGCGCUGCCCCCUGAGACAGAGUCUCAGCAGCUGGGCCCUGACGGGGAGGACCUCGUGGCCGACAGCGUGCGGGCUGUCAGCGUCAGCACGCUCUACCUGGUCAGCACCACCGUGGACAGGAUGAGUGACGUCCUCUGGCCAUACCUGCUCGAGUUCCUCACCCCUGUGUGUUUCACCGGGGCGCUGACCCCGCUCUGCAGGAGCCUCGUGCACCUGGCCCAGAAGAGGCAGGAGGCAGGGGCCGGUGCCCUCCUCAUCCAGUAUGACAGCAAUGCAGCCCUCCCGUCUCCCUUCGCCAUAACCACAAGACUUCUGACUGUGGCCUCCAGCCCCUACGUGGGGGGUGGCCGCGGAGUGGCCUCGCUGCGCCUCCUCAGUGUCCUGCAUCAGAAUAUCCACCCUUUGCUGGGCCAGCAGUGGGCAGCAGCCAUCGCCCUGCUGCUGAAGUGCCUGGAUGAAUAUACCGAGGAGACCCUGUCACAGAGGGAGUGGGAGGAGAAGCUGCUGACGUUCCUUCGGGACACCCUGGUCGUUGUGUCUGAUGACACAUGGAUCUGCCGGCUGAGCCUGGAGAUGUGCAAGCAGCUGCCCUGCUACAACAGGAUGCCCCAGGAGAAGAGCUUCCUGUAUAAGUGCAUAGGAACCACCCUGGGCGCCACCUCGAGUAAGGAGGUGGUGAGGGGGCAGCUGCGUGAGCUGCUGGAGGCAGCCAGCUCCCAGGAGGAGGCCGAGCGCGAGGACCUUGCCUGUUGUUUUGGGAUCUGUGCCAUCUCCCACCUGGACGACACCCUAGCCCAACUGGAGGACUUUGUAAAGUCAAAUGUGUUGAGAAAAUCCAUUGGCAUUUUCAACAUUUUUAAGGACCGAAGUGAGAGCGAGACGGACAAGGUGAAGAGCGCCCUGAUCCUGUGCUACGGGCACGUGGCGGCCCGGGCCCCCCCUGAGCUGCUGCUGGCCCGGGUGGAGUCGGACAUCCUGCGGAACAUGUUCCAGUGCUUCAGCACCAAGGUUCUGGGAGUGAAGGUAGAGACCAAGGACCCGGCCCUGAAGCUGUGCCUCGUCCAGAGCCUGCACAUGGCCACCCAGGCCAUCUGCAACAGCCCGCAAGCCGGCUCCUUCCACUUCUCGCAGAAAGCAGAGCUGGUGGCACACUUGGUGGAGUUCAUCAAGGCCGAACCCCCAGACUCCCUGAGAACACCUAUUCGGAAGAAGGCCAUGCUCGCCUGCACUCACCUGGUCUCCCUGGGGCCCCCGCUGGAAGAGCAGGCCAGGGUGGACAUGAUCCGUGGCUGCCUGCACAGCGUCAUGGCUGUGCUGCCCGAGCCCGAGGGGCAGGAUGGUGGCCAAGAGUGCCUCUACCUGGACACCAUGCGCGCCCUUGAGGAUUUGCUGACGAGCCUCCUUCAGCGGAACAUGACCCCCCAGGGCCUGCAGACCAUGGUGGAGCACCUGAGGCCGUGGAUCAAGUCCCCUCAGGGCCACGAGCGGGCGCGGGCUCUGGGCCUGAGCGCCUGCCUCCUGCAGCACCUGCGUGAGCACCUGUACAUCAGCGCCCUGGUGCCCUUCCACAACCUGGGCCUCCUCAUUGGCCUCUUCUCCCCACGGUGUGCGGACCUGUGGCCUGCCAGCCGCCAGGAGGCUGUUAGCUGCAUCUACUCCUUGAUGUACCUGCAGCUGGGCUAUGAGGGCUUUUCCCGCAACUACCGGGACCCUGUGGUCGAGCAGCUCCUCGUCCUCAAAGACAGCCUCGUGCAUCCUGACCCUGCUGUCCUCUCCCACACCUGCCACAGCAUAGCCCAGGUUAUUGGGAAGCGCCUCCCACCAGAUCAGCUCAUCAGCCUCUUGCUAACCACGUUUGAGGGCCUGGGAGACGCCGACCAGAGCUGCUCCCGAGCCUCUGCGGUCAUGAUCCACUGCCUGCUGAAGGAGCGGGGCGGCGUGCUCCUGGAGAAGGUGCCCGAGAUCGUGAGCGUGCUGCGCUCCAAGCUGCAGGAGACCCAGGAGGAGCAGGUCCUGCAGGCUGCACAGCACAGCGUGUGCCUCCUGGCCUCCCAGCACCGAGCAGCCUUGGUGUCCAGCCUCCUGGGCAGUCCCCUGCCGUUCGACAGCCAGAGCUGCGCCCUGUGGCGGGCACUGGCCACAGAGCCCAGCCUGACCACACCCGUCCUGGGGCUGCUGCUGGAGAGGAUGAGCAGAGAUGCACCCUUCCAGGAGAGCCGGGCCUCCCUGCUGAGUGGCUCUCCCAGCCGCGUGGCCACCCUGCUGCCCCUCGUGGCCACCUGCGCACUGUGUGAGGUCAUGUCCGCCCCGGCGUCCGGGCCCGCCGUGCUCGAGCUCUACCCCCAGCUGUUCACGGCACUCCUGCUGCGCAUCAGCUGCACCCUGGGCGUUCGGCUGCCCCAGAACCUGCAGGCCAAAGAGAGGGGGGGUGCCAGCCCGGCUCCAGUCUCCAGGAGCCUCGAGCCCUGCAGGACAGGCCAGAGAGCUGCCCCUUUCUGAAGAGCUGUGGGGAACCUGGGGUGCAGCCUCAGCCCGUACCUCUAGCUUCUGGCUCUUCUGCAUGUGAUCAGUGCCCCGCCUCCAGACAGACUCCGCAGUGACCAGCAGCCUCUGGCCCUGUGAGGAGCGCUCAGCCACCACGUCAGCAGGGCUGGCUCUCAUUGGGGCUUGGGGUCCUGUGGUUUGUGCUAAAUGGGCCCUGGGUCCUGGUCUCGAGGCCCAUUCCCAGGCCCACCAAGGUGGCACCUCAGGGCCCCACACACCCCAGCCUCCACCUGAGGCCACAGGGUGAGCAGGAGCUGAUGGGGGGGUCCCUAGAGCUGAGAGGCAGUGAGCCUGGCUCCUGCCUUCCUGGGCAUCGGGGUUCAGAUGUGCCCCUUGGCUGGGAUGUACCCCAGUGUCAGUCUGCCCAAACCUGCAGCAGGGCUGCCCACCACAGGACCUGUGCAAAAACUCCAGCAGAGGCUGUGUGCCAGGGUCUGCCCAGCUUGGUAUGGACUAAGUGGAAAGUAUGAGUGGCCAGUGGACGCCAGCUUGACCGGGCCUGGCACGCCAGGCCUCAGCUCCAUGGCCUGUGAGCUAUGGGGGCUUGGGCCCCUCUAGGGGCCCCUGGCCACCACCACCCCAGGCUGGGACACACACAGCCAGGCACAGGUCUUGGAUCUGAUGGCAGCUGCCCACCAGUGAUCACACCCUUACAGGCACCACAUCCGCAAAAAUCCUGGACAGCAGGGUACACGGCCAGGGAGGCACUUGAGGGUAAAGGGCUGCGCUUGAGGGUAAAGGGCUGCACUUCAGGCCCAUUAGGGCCAGCCAAGGAUUGCCCUGAGCGAGUCCGCCAGCCUGCAGCUAACCCUGGCCAGGUUUCUAGGCCUGGGCAGGGGUGGAGGGAUUCCCUGCUGGGACCAGUCCUGCCUGGGCCACACACAGCCCCUCGGCAGUGCGGCUACUGGCUCUCCAUGCAUCUGUAGCUAGUGGGGGCUGCCCCGCAUCUAGGGUGGACACCCCUGACCAGGCCUCCACUGGAAUCACAAGGCUUCUGGGACAGUGAGAGCCACCUUCCAGGACUUGCUUUCCGAAGGAGCAUCCCAGGGGAACACAGUCUGUGGACACUCAGGGUGGACUCCCUAGGAACCUGUCCAGGCGAACACCAGACCACCCUACGGACAUCCCCACAGACUUCACACACCCCCAGGGGUGACCAUGGGGGCAGGCGGGCUCAGGGCGGGGGCAGUGGCUGUGUCCACACUGCUGGGCUCCAGGGCAACCACCAGCAUCUGCCUGGGCCACUGAGACCUCUGGGUCCCUUGGGCUCCUCUGGCCCUUCAGGCACUGGUCCUUAAGGCCCCUCACUGUCUGGCUGGGGCCUGCCCAGAAGCCUCACAGGCCCGGGGUCACAUGCUCCCACACCCACCCUGCUGCCUCCCCAGAUUUGUGUGAGGCCCCCGUGCCAAGCCUCCAGCUCACCUCCCCCUGUGCCCAGCAGCUGAGCCAUCGUGCUCAGGGGCAGAGCCUGGCAGGAGGGACUGGUGGGCCAUGGCUGUUCCCUGUGCCCCAGUGUGAGGUGGCCAGCUUGCAGGGAGGAGGCUGGCACGCAGGUGGGGGCCGCGCCGAGAACCCUGCCGAGCCGUCUCUGGGCCGAGGGUUUGGUGCUAGGCCAACGCUGCCCACCAGCGGCCCUGAAAGCUGGGAGGGUUCACCCACAUGAGGGGCAGGCACCAAACCCAGCUGGCCCUGGUGAGUGGUGGCCCCUGCGAGGGUGAUGGGAGGGCCGAGUGCCUGCAGGCGCCAGGCGGGGCCUCAGCGUGCAGCUGUCCUCAGUGCCCACCCAAGUGGGAGUGGCUGUGCAAAUGUGCAAGCUGAGGACUGCGGGCAGGUGGGCUUCACGGGGCCAGGCCAAGGGGCGGGGCUGUGGACGUGGUCCCUGGAGUACCUGACAACGUCUGGGGAGGAGAACCAGGAAGGCACAGCCCUGCAUGCCUUGAAAGGCUGGUGCAGACACUCGGUCUAGAGGGGCGCCCACCUCCCCCCAGCCACCCCUGCUCUGCCCAGCCCUCUGAUACGGGCUCCAUCUGCUGCCUGGGUGGGAGUCAGAUCCUGGUGUUCUUUUAGGGUUCACUUCCAUGAAGGGGCUUGUUUUUCCUUUUUUUAUUAAAGGAAGGUCUUUAAGGCAAGUAAGAAAAGCCACUGGUUGUUCCCCUGAAAGCACCAGAGGCCCUUUGCUUGCAGAGGACCUUGGGGACACUGCUGAGCUCUGUCACCCCCUCCUCAUCGGAGUUGCAGGGAUAGUAGUAGUUGUCACAGCCUGAGGCCAGAGGUCCCAAGUCACCUAGUGGUGCCCACUAUGGGGAGGGGAGAGCCCAGGGCCUCCCAGCAACAUGUGGCUGGCAGGGCAGUGUCCAGGCUAUCCUGGGACCCCUCUACCACGACUGCAGGUCUGUGGGGUGGGGGCGGGGUGGAGUGGCACAGCAUCUGGCCCAGUGCCUGCCCCCCCCAAGACAAGCCCACAGGUCCUCGGUUCCCGCAGCUCUGCAGUGGCCGCCCUGCAAGCCAUGCUGACCCGAGGCGGGAGUGAGGGUGUGGUGCAGCACAUGGGGCUGGAGGGAGGCUGGGAGCUGCUCAGGACUUCAGCCGGGCAUGAGGAAGGGGUCACCCUGCU